GUCUACGCAACCAACACGCACACAUUAUUAUUGAAGAAAACAACCAAACGCUUUAACAUUAAAGCCUGCCGACGUCACCUCAACCUGCCUUUCAGAUAAGUCGAACUCUUGGCUUCUCGAGCAGCUGGCUAGGCCAAUGUUGCUAUGAGGUAUCGAUACGACUGACGGUGGAGGAGCUACGCCAAGGAGCGUGAGGAGCGCGCGAAAGCAGGAAAAGCACGAGUCCGCGGGUUCUUGAACGGUGAAGCAGGCCAUGUUCGCUACCGUUCAGCUUUCAGUGACGGUUCAGGAGACAUCCACUUCGUUAAAGUCAGUAUGUCGGACUUCUGUGGCGCCUCAGCGAGGCGCACGCCGCAGUAUGGACGUGACUGCGCAGGUUCUGACGACGCAGCUCAACACGACGGAGGCACAGGCAGCAGCAGCCUCGCAGCCGGGGUCUAGCCAUGUUCUGGAUGCCGCUUCAGCUCACGCCGUAUGGACUCCGACUUGGGCGCGAAACUUUCAGACCAAGUUCACCGCGGUGUGGGAGAAGUGGGCCAAGCUGUCUAACCAGUUCAACCAGUUUAAGGCGCUGCGGCCGGACUGGGUGGGUCAGACGCAGGAGCUGUUCGACGCGCACAUGCAGCGCUUCCUCGCCAGCGUCGGCGCCGCGGCCACGCGCCAGCAUGCCGCCGGCGCCGCCCUCGGCGCCGCCGGCGCCGCCACUGCCGUGAACAGCCCCAGCGAGACGGCGCGCGUGGCCGCCGCCGCGGCUGCCGCCGCCGCCGCGGCGGCGGCCGCCGGCCGGCCGGUCACGCUGACGCCCUUCCUCACCGUGGCCGACGAUGUGGAGGUCUCUUUUGCGGCCAUGCUGGCGGACCUCUGCAACAUGGCCUAUGAGGUCGACAAGAUUGACACCGAGCUACUGGAGGCGCGGCACCGCCUGUCGCUCAUCGCGACCUCGCUCAGCUACGGCGCCUCCUGCACCGCCGUGCCGCAGCAGCCCGCCACGCCGCCCUCCUCCGGCAGUAGCACCUCCCCCAGCACGCCCUCCAGCGGCACGGCGUCCUUCGACAGCGGCUCUGAGGCUGAGGCACCGCACCACGCCGCCAGCCACGGCGCCAGCCGCAGCCGCAAGGCUGCGGCCAGCAGGAUGAUUAAGACUGGCGGCGCCGCCGCCGCGCGAGCGGUGGCCUCCACCGCCGCCAACACCACUGUCGCCGAGGCUGGCGGCGUGGUGUCGUUCACCCUGGGCGGGUCGCCGCCGCUGUCGCCGUCCAUCUCCAUGCUGCAGCUGACGUCGCCGGAGGCGGUGACGGCGGCGCUGACGUCGCAGGGCCACGGCGCCGCCUUCUCGCACCCCGUGUUCAUGUCCACGCUACAGCCGCUGCUGGCCUCGCUGGGCAGCUAUGAUGAGGAGGGCGACAUCUCGGACCUGGAGUGGCGCGCCGCCAUGGCCGCCGCCGGCCUCAAUGGCGUCAUCCUGCCCGGCGGCAGUAGCAGCACUGCCACUACUACUGCUGCUGCUGCUACUGCCGCGGAGCAGCGGCACGUGGGCUCCCUGGGAACCAUGGGCACGAUGGGCACGCUGGAUGAGAUCGCGGUGGAGGGCCUGGGCGUGCGCAUGGGCGCCGCCGCCGCUGCUGCUGGCGACGUCACGGCUUCGGGUGUGGGGGUAUCGGUGGCGCAGCAUCAGGAGUCGCUGGCCGCGGCCUCGGCUGGCGUGCCGCCCGGCGCCGCCGCCAUUCAGCUGCAGCAGCUGGGCCGCCCGCUGAUGAACGGCUCCUCCUCCAUGAGCGCUGCCUCCCUCGUGUCUGGCGGCACCGUCGACUUUGCCGGCAGUGCGGGUGCCGGCGGCGCCGCCGCGGGCAGCGGUGCCACGGGCCGAGCCAGCGUGACGUUCUUCUCCGACGCCAACCUGAGUGAGGAGCGCGACUUCGUGGCAGGCCAGGUGUACGGCUACAUGACGCCGCUGGUGGCACGCAGGCCCUCCCUUGACCGCGCCGCCGAUGCCGCCGCCGCCACCGAGGCCGCCGCCGCCACCGACACGACCGCGGUCGGCGCCGCCGGCGGCCGCGCGCUGCGUGAGGAGCAGCGCGUGCGCCGCCGCUCCUCCAGCGGCAACCUGGUGGCGGCGGCGGCGGCGGCCGCCGCCGCCGCCACCGUGGACGGCGCCUCCGGCGCCGAGGCCGCCGACGCGGCGGCGGCCGCCGCCGCCGCCGUUAUGGUGGGCGGCGGCGAGCCGGGCAUGCCUGCGGGUGUGGACGGCGGCGCGCCGGUGGUGGUUGCCUGCACCAAGGCGCCGCCGAGCGCCUGGUUUGCGGCGGACGACAAGCUCACGCGCACGCGCAUCUUCGCCAUCCAGGGCAGCACCUCGCUGGAGCACUGGCAGAUCAACCUGCAGUUCGAGCCGGUGGUGUUCGAGGACCCCAAGUACGGCGUGCGCAUCCACCGCGGCGUGUACGAGGCCGCGAAGACGCUGUACGACGACGUGCUGCCGCUUGUACGGCAGCAUGUGGAGAGCUCGCCGUACGCCACCAUCAGCUUCACCGGCCACUCGCUGGGCGGCAGCCUGGGCACGGUGCUGGCGCUGCUGCUGCUUAUGCGCGGAGUCGCUGGCCGCGGCCUCGGCUGGCGUGCCGCCCGCGCUGCCUCCCUCGUGUCUGGCGGCACCGUCGACUUUGCCGGCAGUGCGGGUGCCGGCGGCGCCGCCGCGGGCAGCGGUGCCACGGGCCGAGCCAGCGUGACGUUCUUCUCCGACGCCAACCUGAGUGAGGAGCGCGACUUCGUGGCAGGCCAGGUGUACGGCUACAUGACGCCGCUGGUGGCACGCAGGCCCUCCCUUGACCGCGCCGCCGAUGCCGCCGCCGCCACCGAGGCCGCCGCCGCCACCGACACGACCGCGGUCGGCGCCGCCGGCGGCCGCGCGCUGCGUGAGGAGCAGCGCGUGCGCCGCCGCUCCUCCAGCGGCAACCUGGUGGCGGCGGCGGCCGAGCCGGGCAUGCCUGCGGGUGUGGACGGCGGCGCGCCGGUGGUGGUUGCCUGCACCAAGGCGCCGCCGAGCGCCUGGUUUGCGGCGGACGACAAGCUCACGCGCACGCGCAUCUUCGCCAUCCAGGGCAGCACCUCGCUGGAGCACUGGCAGAUCAACCUGCAGUUCGAGCCGGUGGUGUUCGAGGACCCCAAGUACGGCGUGCGCAUCCACCGCGGCGUGUACGAGGCCGCGAAGACGCUGUACGACGACGUGCUGCCGCUUGUACGGCAGCAUGUGGAGAGCUCGCCGUACGCCACCAUCAGCUUCACCGGCCACUCGCUGGGCGGCAGCCUGGGCACGGUGCUGGCGCUGCUGCUGCUUAUGCGCGGCGAGAUCAAGCCCCACAACAUCAGCCCCGUCUACACGUUUGGCGCGCCCGCUGUCUUUUGCACCGGCGCCGUGCCCAACGCGCCCCACGGCCGAUGCGAGGCCUGCACGCUGCAGUGCGAAAUCGGCGCCGCCGCCAAAGAGGCGGCGGCGGCGGCCAAGGCCGCAGCGGCGGCGAUCGACGCCGCCUCCGGCGUCUGCUCCUGCGGCGGCGGCUCCGCCGGCCGCGCCUCCGUCACGACCACGAUGCUUGGCAGCCUGGCGGCGGCGGCCGCCGGCAUGGAGCAGGAGCAGCUGAUGCCGCUGGGCCUCAUGCAGCGCCUGGGUCUGAGCGAGGAUCAGGUCGUCAACGUAAUCAUGCACAAGGACAUUGUGCCUCGCGCCUUUGUGUGCGACUACACGGCGGUCGCGGGCGUGCUGCAGCGCUGGAUGCCGUCCUUCCGCGACCAUCACUCGCUCAGCGAGCAGGCCGGCCCGCACAAGAGUUUGUACAACUUCGUGGGCCGCGUGGCCGUGCUGAGGCCCAGUGCCGACCUGCCCUUUGUCAACGGCCCGGCCGACGCGGCGCACCCCAUGCUGCCCAACCACCCCGCGCUCUACCGCGUGGGCGUGGACGACGCCUCCUCGUUGCCGCCGCUGGACUACGCCGCCGCCUCGCUGGCCUCUUGGGACGACAUCCUCGAGGGCCUGAGUGCGGCCGUCACCAGCGCCGCCGCCUCCGCCGGCUGCCCACGCGCCACCGCCAGCCGCCACACCGCCGCUGCCGCCGCCACCGCGGCCUCCAAGAAGAAGCGCGCCGGCGAGCUGGCCGCGAUGCAGCGCGGCGUGAUGCACUUUAUGAACCAGCCGCACCCGCUCACCAUGCUGUCGGACUACCAGGCGUACGGGCCGCAGGGCUGCAUCAGCCGCUUCCACAACCCAGACAACUACACCCGCGCCCUGCGCGCCCUAUCGGGCCGCUGGUAGGCUUGCCGACCGGCAGUGCGGUGGCGGCAUUAGCGUAGUCGAGGGCCAUGGGACUUGAAUGUUUCGGGAGCAGCAGCAAUCCGGGCUGCAGAACCGAAAGCGUACUUGGAGGGCCGGACCGGGAUGCCCCGCUUUCCUCACACACACACAGAUGUUGUUCGUGUGCGCGAUGCGGAGCGUUGCAAGCGUGAUUCCAUCGGACAGGCAUACGCUUUUUUGAAGGUGCUGGUCUGCCUAACCAAAGCCAAGCCUUGCAGUGAAAUGGAUUCGGGGCUAUCCCGUAUCCCGCCGCUUGCAAGAAAGCAAUGGAGAAGAAAUCCAAACGUUCCUGCGUCUGCGUGUGGAUUUGUGAGUCGCUAGCCACGAUGUCGUCUGGGGACCUAACAAACGUCUGCGAGUCAACGCAGCGCAUGUACGGCCUCUCUGACGUCACCCAUUUUAGCAUGACUCCAUGUGUGCAGUGUGUCUCGAACCCUGGAUUUAAUAUGUGUGGGUGUGCGUUCUGGCUUGUGUGCUUUGUGUUUUCGUAUCUGUAUUCUAAACCUCUUGUGAUCUCUUGGUUGGUGUCCAACAUGUGACAUCCCAUCAUUGAUCCGUGAGAAUGGAAAUGUUGCGGCGAUCACACGAGAAGACAAAAACACUUGCAUGCGCGGCAUGGGUAGACAAGGUGGAUGCAUGACGGUGUGAUGGUUGCGCGUUUUCAUUUGAGCAGUUGGUCUACAGUUCUUCAGUUGGAUUGUGUGAUCGUGCGGGCGGGCCAGGCGCGCACACACAGGAAUACGUUCCUCGCGUGUUGACCAGUAAGCGAGUCACAAGCUGUGGACUCCAACAGCUCGCGCUGACGUCCUCUCGCUACAAUCUUACAUUUCUAACUUUGACUUCAGCAUGGGAACUUGGAGCUUUUGCAUGGUGUGCGCGUGCCAUGUGUGGCAGUUUGGGCCUCCGUUAUUUUGGAAGAGCUCAGGAUUUGCGCACUGUGCCAGAAGUCAUCGCCGCAAACAACAAACCAUUCAUCGGUGGUUGCAAGGCUCGCCGCUGUCCCCCAUUGCUGCAGGACAAGUCUGAUGAAAGGAGAAGAGGCGUCGCGUACAGUACCUGCUGGUUGGGGGCGGCUGGUCUUGUUGACCCGAAGAAAGUUGUUAGAAAGCACAUUUCCGGGCGCCGUCUGGUCACGCCAUUGGCAGAUUGAUUGCCGGCGGUUGGACUGGCCCCGAGUAAUUUUGUCGUGUGCGUUUGUUGCGGUGAUUAACGCCAGGUCUGGCCGGGAGCUAGUAGAUAACGCUGGAGGAUGGAUGGUAUAUCCAAAUCGGGAAGCGCCCUUUUUGUUCCGGGUGCCUGGGGGCUUUCACGGUCAUGAGGACGAACACAGGACGCCAUAAAACGCGGGGGCGAAGCCCCUUACCGUCGGCGGCAGUCGAGCACUGGCGCUCAGUGUGCCUGUUCGAUUUUGAGGCAGGGUGUGCGUUGUUGUUUUUGGGCGUUAGGGUGAUUGUGUUGGGACAACAAGCUGCGCCGCUGAAGGCGCACGGACACAAGCAUCAGAGGCUGAAUCGGUUUCAAACGGUGGGAGUCGAAAACGGGUAAGGGGGAAAGCAGGGUAUGGAAGCAUCCGAAUGACACGAAUCAUCAAGGGGCACUCGGAAAGUCAGGGUUAGGCCACACGCACGUUUGGGUGGGGGGGUGCACACGUGCGACCGUUGUCCGUGCCGAGAGAAGAAAUUAUUCGUGUUGAUACGGCUGAGUACUUUUAUUUAGGGGGCACGGCUGAAUGUUAUGGCCGUGGCACAACAAAUGGUGGAGAGUUUCCCCCUGGCCACAGUACAAUACUUUUUGUUGCGCAUGUGCAGUACAAGUGAAGAAGAAGAAGAAAAAGCGCACGCUUGCACUUGAAGUUGAGGUUGAGCUCGAAAGCGCCACUAUAUCAUAUCUGUGUGGGCGCAUGACUACAACAAGCUGAAGCAAGGAAGAAAGGCACAGAGGACUCGGUAUGGCAUUGUAUGGUGCGAGGCCCGGUGACGUGUUGGGAAUUGGGGGUUGUGCACGGGGUCUGAUCAAGCACACUCACGCACCGCCCGUGCACGCACACGCGCACACACACACACCCACGCCACGAAGUUUAUCUUUCAUUGCGGGAGGGACCAUGCGACAUGAGAUGGUGUGAGCACGACUGUCGAGAGGGCGCGGGCCGACCACGUGGCUGUCCGACGUCGCAACUGUAUUCAAAAUCUUAGUGGACAAACAAUCUUAUUUUAGAGUUGAGUCUGAUGGCAAGAGCUGGUAGCGCGUUUACGCAACGGAGGAGCCAGGGCUGCAAAUGUGGUCUUGUGGCGGUGAAAGUUGACCAGCUACGGUACCUAGCGGGUGCAGAGCUGCUUCAUUGUCUCUCUGGCGAGCAGGGCAGUACCUCAUACUCGUAGGGAGUUAGGGUACCAGGCCACUGGGGUCAGGCCACUAGGGUCAGGCCACUGGGGUCAGGCCACUAGGGUCAGGCGUCAGGACCACUGUAAUUCUAGACGGAG